GAGCCAGAAUCAGAUCGACCUUCUCUGGUGCGCAGAAUAGCAGAUCCACGAGAGCGAGUGAAAGAGGAUGACUUAGAUGUUGUUCUCAGCCCACAGAGACGAAGCUUUGGAGGUGGCUGCCAUGUGACAGCUGCUGUUAGCUCCAGACGCUCUGGCAGUCCAUUGGAGAAAGACAGUGAUGGGCUUCGCCUGCUUGGUGGACGAAGGAUUGGUAGUGGAAGGAUAAUUUCUGCCCGAGCCUUUGAGAAGGAUCAUCGUCUUAGUGAUAAGGACCUGCGCGACUUGAGAGACCGAGACAGAGAGAGAGACUACAAGGACAAGCGGUUCAGGAGGGAGUUUGGAGAUAGUAAACGUGUCUUUGGUGAGCGUAGACGAAAUGAUUCAUAUACUGAGGAAGAACCAGAAUGGUUUUCAGCUGGACCCACCAGUCAGUCUGAAACCAUAGAGCUGACUGGCUUUGAUGAUAAGAUUCUAGAGGAGGAUCACAAAGGUAGAAAAAGAACAAGGUGACGGACUGCCUCUGUGAAGGAAGGCAUAGUGGAGUGCAAUGGAGGGGUGGCUGAAGAGGACGAGGUGGAAGUCAUUCUGGCCCAGGAGCCCUCUGCUGAUCAGGAAGUUCCAAGGGAUGUCGUCCUACCUGAACAGUCCCCAGGAGAAUUUGACUUUAAUGAAUUCUUUAACCUUGAUAAGGUGCCGUGCUUGGCUUCAAUGAUAGAAGAUGUUCUGGGGGAAGGGUCAGUCUCCGCCAGCCGCUUCAGUAGGUGGUUCUCUAACCCAAGCCGGUCAGGGAGCAGAUCCAGCAGCCUUGGAUCCACACCCCAUGAAGAACUUGAGAGACUGGCAGGUUUGGAGCAAGCCGUCCACUCUCCUGGACAGAACUCGGGGAAUUAUUUUGCUCCUAUACCAUCGGAAGACCAUGCUGAAAAUAAAGUGGACAUUUUAGAAAUGCUACAGAAAGCCAAAGUGGAUUUAAAACCUCUUCUUUCUAGCCUUUCUGCAAAUAAAGAAAAACUUAAGGAGAGCUCACAUUCAGGGGUUGUACUUUCAGUCGAAGAGGUAGAAGCAGGGCUGAAGGGCUUGAAGGUGGACCAGCAAAUGAAGAAUUCAACUCCCUUCAUGGCAGAACAUUUAGAGGAAACCCUGAAUGCUGUGACUAGCAAUCGGCAGCUCAAGAAAGAUGGAGAUAUGACUGCAUUUAACAAACUAGUGAACACCAUGAAGGCAAGUGGGACAUUGCCUACCCAGCCCAAAGUCAGUCGUAACCUUGAAAGUCACUUGUUGGCCCCUGCUGAGAUUCCAGGCCAGCCUGUUCCUAAAAACAUCCUUCAGGAACUUCUGGGUCAACCAGUUCAGAGACCUGCUUCUUCCAAUCUUCUCAGUGGCCUUAUGGGGAGCUUGGAACCUACUGCAUCUUUAUUGAGCCAAAGAGCACCCUCUCCUCCAAUGUCACAGGUGUUUCGAACUCAAGCAGCCUCAGCAGACUACCUUCAUCCAAGGAUACCAUCACCAAUUGGUUUCCCAUCAGGACCCCAGCAACUACUUGGAGAUCCAUUCCAAGGCAUGCGCAAGCCCAUGAGUCCUGUCACAGCCCAGAUGAGCCAGCUAGAAUUGCAGCAAGCUGCUUUGGAGGGGCUGGCCCUACCACAUGACCUUGCAAUACAGACCGCACCCUUCUACCAGCCUGGUUUUGGCAAACCACAAGUGGACAGAACCAGAGAUGGGCUCAGAAACAGG